AACCUACAAUGAAGCAAAUACUUAGCGGAGAAUCCAACUCUCCUCUCCACUCUGCUCCAACUCUUCAAGUCAUAAUAAAAUAAAAAUGACACCGCAACACUACGUGACGGAGCUCGAUUCAGCCACCUCCUCCCCUCGCUCAGAAUAUUCAGCUCAUGAUGCCAACGCACGCGUGCGCUUCAUGUGCAGCUUCGGCGGUCACAUUCUCCCCCGCCCCAACGACAGCCAGCUUCGCUACGUUGGCGGCGACACCCGAAUUGUCGCAAUUCAUCGCUACUCCACCUUCUCCGCCCUCCUCGUCAAGCUCGCCAAGCUCUCAGGUUGUAGCAAUUUUAGUGUGAAGUACCAACUGCCUAACGAAGAUCUUGACGCGUUGAUUUCUGUGACAACCGACGAGGACGUGGAGAACAUGAUGGAAGAAUAUGAUAGGCUGUCACACAAUCACAACCCAAAAGCGGCUCGGCUCCGGCUCUUUCUGUUUAACAAAGGGGAUAUCUCACGGGCUAGCAGCAUCAGCUCACUCCUAGACAGCUCCUCUAACCGCCAGCACUGGUUCCUCGACGCCCUCAAUGGUUUUGGCGCGGGGCUCGAGCGUGGCCGUUCCGAAGUUUCAUCUAUUGUGUCCGAAGUACCCGAUUAUCUAUUCGGUUUGGAAAAUCCGGAAGAGACCCAGCCUCCUCGUGAAUCAAGAAUGAAGACCCGAACCGUUUUACAGGAUAACGUGUCUGUCUCUGAUCCCGGAUCGCCUGCUCCGGUGGUUCAAUCAACGUUUAGCUCCACGUCGUCGGCUUCUAUUGUGCCUUCUAUGCCAAAUCUUCCACCGGUGAAGACCAAACCCGAUAACCCAGAGCCAAUUACGCAGGUGAAGGAGAAUCCGGUUGAGGUUCCUGUAGAGAUGAAUGGGCAACCUUUCUCGCAGCCAAUCGUGUAUUCAGGCAAUCCCGGAUUGCAAUACACGUCGGAGCCACAUUAUUCAGGUCCCGCUGUUCAACAAUAUCCCGUUUACUACGUUUCGGGUCCGGGUCAUCCGGGAAUGAUGCCAACUCAGCAGGUUCAAACCCGGGCCCAAUAUGUGCAUCAAGUGCCAGUUCAAACGAAUCAAAUACCAGUCGGGUAUCAUCAGGCGGUUCAGGGUAUGGGCCCAGUUUAUGGAGGUGGAAUUAGGCCGGGCACAGCGAUGGACGUGUCAGGAAGAGUGGUCAGUGAUGGGACAAAUCAGCAACUUUAUUAUGGUGUUAGAAAUGCGGGUGCGGUUCAAAUGUAUCCGGGUAUGGUGGUGCCCGGUGGUGAAGAAUUGCAAAGAACAGGAUCGGAUGUAAGCUCCACGGGUCGGGUCUUUCAAUCGUAUUGAUUAUUAUUAUUUUGGUUUUAUUCCCAUGUGCCAGGGAAUAUGUAUUUCUGAAUAUGCCAUUGUUUGCAGCGAACCUAAGACCUCUACUGUGUCUCUGUGCAUUUCUUUAAGAGGUCACUGAUGGUUGUAAUGAAUCAUAAAUUCUGUAAAUUUCCUUUUGUUGUUUUGUUGUGCUUGUGUAAGAUAUGUGAUUUUUUUUUAAUUAGCCCACUUCAGUUUGUACUGGCCAUACUAAAGCCAAUGCCUUAUAUUUGGUUUUAGUGAA